AGUGUUUUUGCUUGUCCUUCAUAGAUUUGAAUAUUCUAAGAGAUUUCUCAAAAAGCUGAUAUUCAUAAUUUGAGAAGCAAUCAAGAACAAACGUGUACUGAAAAAGUUGGUGCAAAAUCCUUAUUGACCACAGAUGGAAUUCAGUAAUUUAUAUUUCUUCGAAACAUAGAAAAACGGAAUAUUGAGAUCUGGUGGGGGGCCGGCGGCAGUCUGGGAGCGGCGCGCCAUGUACACCAUCAUCAACGGGCCCAGCAAGCUGGUCGCGCAGCGCCGCACAGGUCUCACGCAGCAGCAGGUGAAGGGCCAGCUCCAGGAGCUCCUGAAAAGCCGGCAGCCCGCGCCGCCGACCUUGCAGCCCCAGCGGGCGCAGCCCUUCGCGCAGCCGCUGGGACCCUGGCCCCUGUCGAGCCCAGGGCCAAGGCUUGUGUUCAAUCGUGUGAAUGGCCGGCGGGACCCCUCCAAGUCCCCAUCCCUCCAGGGGACCCAGGAGACCUACACACUGGCCCACAAGGAGAAUGUCCGCUUUGUGUCCGAAGCCUGGCAGCAGGUGCGGCAGCAGCUGGAUGGUGGCCCAGCCAGUGAGGGCGGGCCAAGGCCUGUGCAGUACGUGGAGAGGAUCCCCAAUCCCCGGCUGCAGAACUUCGUGCCCAUUGACUUGGACGAGUGGUGGGCGCAGCACUUCCUGGCUAGAAUCACCAGCUGUUCCUAGCGGCUGCUGGGAGGGAGCGCUGCUAUGGUCUACCUACCGCCAGGAGAGGAGCAUGGCGUCCUGCCCAUCCACUGUUGCGCCUGGCUGGGUGCCGGCCACACCUGAAGUGCCAGCAUUUGGACUUUUGCACCUGUUGUUCCCUUGGCCCAGCUGUCCCAAGCUGCUAUGGCCAGGGGCCAAACCCGUCUGACCUCAGUCCUGCUCACUGUGCCCGGGGACCAGAGACCAGCCCCUGGGGAUGUCGGAGAGGAGCUCCAGGCUAAUAAAGUCGAGAAACUGCCAAAAAAAAAAAAAGAAAAGAAAAGAAAGAAAGAAAGAGAAAGGGAAUACUGAUAAUGGAUCCGCAUUUUGAAAUUACUUGUUUCUUGGUGGUGGCAUUAACUGUGACCUACCUGCUUUUCUUUAAACAGGGCUACUGUAUCUGAAAAUAUUGUAAAUAAGCAGAUCUAAUUUCGAGAAAUGCCAAAAAUAGGAAGGCACUCUUAAAAACAACCUGGCAUCCCACAAAAUAUUUAAGAAUAAUCUUUAAGAAUAUUUAACAAGUUUGCAAAUGUUUAAGCUACAAUAAAUGUAGAGAACAUAUUUGAACACUGGACAUACACA